AUGAGUACCUUAUACUUGAAGCAUCAAAAAAUACAAGAUUUUCUAUGUAUUUUUCAAUGGGACAUUCUAAAAAUAUAAACUUGGCUUGUGAAAUCUUGAAUGUAAAUUAUGAAUUUGUAGAUCAAGCAACAUGUGUGCAGCCAGGCACAUGGUGAGCACUAAAUCCCCUCCUCCACUCCCAGUUUAGCCCCAAAUGUAAGGGUUCUAACAAAGCUGUUUUUAUUGCCAAAAAAAUAAAAUAAAAACAGCUAAAUUAAUCUUUAACAAAAUGGAGAACAAGAAGGAUGCAAACUUGUCACUUGAUCCAGAAACACAAUACUUCAACUUCAAACCUAUUUUAACCUGGAAUAUUUAAACCUUUUUUAUUUUUUAUUUUUUUAAUUUAUUUUUUAUUUUUUUUACUAAUUUCAAACUUUAAAUUUUCUUAUUCUAUUGAUAGAUAAUUUUUCAUCUUUCUAAAAAAUACAUUCUUAAAAUGAGCAAAAUUAUCUGCCAAUUAAACAAGACAAUUUCAAGCUUGAUAUUAGUAAAAAUGUUAAGAAAAAGGUUUCAGAAUCUUAUAUUUGGUUUAGCAUUUAUCCUUUUAUAUUAUCAUAGGAAAUACUACAUAAAUUUCACUAUAUUCAAAAUACAAUAUACCGCCAAAAGUAUGUGGACACCUGCAUAUUUAACAUCCCAUUCUAAAAUCAUGGGCAUUAAUAGUGACUUUGUCCCCCCUUCGCUGCUAUAAUAACCUCCACUCUUCUGGAAAGGCUUUCAGCUAGAUUUUGGGACAUGGCUGUGGGGAUUUGCAUUCACCCACAACAGUGCAAGAGGUUGGGCACUGAUGUCAGGUGAGGAGACCUGGUGCACAACUGUCAUUUUAGUUCAUCUCAAAAGUGUUCAGAGGGGUUGAGGUGUGCAGGCCACAAUUCUUCUAAAUCAGCCUUGGCAAACCCUGAGGUCUUUAUGGACUUCACGUUGUGCACAGGGACAUUUUUGCUGGAACAGGUUUGGGCCCUUUAGUUCCAGUUCCAGGAGAUAUUAAUGCUACAGCAUAGAAAGACAAGCUAGACAAUUUUGUGCUUCUAACUUUGUGGCAACAGUUUGGGGAAGAACCACAUAUAUUUGUGAGGGUCAGGUGUCCACCUACUUUUGGACAAAGUGUAUUUCCACUUGCUAAGAAGUAAAUUUUUUUUUUUUUUUGCAAUUUUUCUCUCCACAAAUCUAUGGAGUAUGAUACAUACAUUUGUCAGUGACCAAAAGUAUAAAGGUAUUAAUUGCCCUCAUAGAGAAAGGUUCAAAUUUGAUUUGCACCUUAAACAAGGCUAAGAAUUUUAAGAUGUAACAGAUGCUCAUGUUGUCUAUGGUACAAUGUGGGAUCAAGUUUAAAAUGUGCCAUUUUCUGUUCUUGUACAUUUCAUAGGUGCACAUAGUGGGGCUGAUUACCAGAUUUUAGGAGUUGAACUUUCGCUGGAUUCCAUAAUCAGAACAGCAACACCAUGCAUCACCUCUGUGCCCUGCAUACCUCGAAUACCCUGUUUGCUCUCCUCAUCAUCAUCCUGAGUGUUACCCAGCUUUCCCAGGCCACCUCUGAUGUAUCCCACAGUAGCCCUGGGAACUGUUCUGGGGAGGACAGCUGCUCUGAGGGUGUGGUACUCCCUGUAUGGAACCCCCAGAACCCAUCAGUGGGAGAUAAGGUGGCGCGUGCCAUUGUCUAUUUCGUUGCCCUCAUCUACAUGUUCCUGGGAAUGUCCAUCAUUGCAGAUCGCUUCAUGUCCUCCAUUGAGGUCAUCACCUCACAAGAGAAGGAAAUCACAAUUAAGAAACCCAAUGGAGAGACUACCACUGCCACGGUCCGCAUCUGGAACGAGACAGUCUCUAACCUGACAUUAAUGGCGUUGGGUUCUUCAGCACCGGAGAUCCUGCUGUCUGUGAUUGAAGUGUGUGGGCACAAGUUUGAAGCUGGUCAUCUUGGUCCCAGCACCAUAGUAGGCAGUGCUGCCUUCAACAUGUUUAUCAUCAUCGCUAUCUGUGUCUACGUGGUGCCCGAUGGUGAAGUGAGAAAGAUAAAACACUUGAGGGUCUUUUUUGUGACAGCGGCUUGGAGUGUGUUCGCCUACAUCUGGCUCUACCUGAUCCUCUCCGUAUUUUCCCCUGGCAUAGUGGAGGUCUGGGAAGCUGUGUUAACAUUCCUCUUCUUUCCCAUUUGUGUGCUCCAAGCCUGGAUUGCAGACCGCCGCUUGCUCUUCUACAAGUAUGUUCACAAGCGCUACCGUGCCGACAAGAAUCGAGGCAUAAUCAUCGAAACGGAGGGUGAUGGUAUGUUCACCAAGAUGGACAUGGAGAUGGAUGGGCAGGGCACCAACUCUCACCACAAGGAGGUUCUGGAUGGCAUGCUUGCUGGCGUGGAGGAGGGAGGAGGCGGAGGAGCUGGAGAAGAAGAAGAGGCACGAAGGGAAAUGGCUCGUACGCUGAAGGAGCUGAAGCAAAGGCACCCUGAGAAGGACAUGGAGCAGCUGAUAGAAAUGGCCAACUACCAAGUGUUGGUUCAGCAACAGAAGAGCAGGGCAUUCUACCGCAUUCAGGCCACACGCAUGAUGAUCGGCGCAGGGAACAUCCUGAAGAAGCAUGCUGCAGACCAGGCCAGGAAAGUGGUGAGCUGCCAUGAGGCCAACGCACAAGAAGAGGAUCCUAACACCAUCUACUUGGAGUUUGAGCCCUCUCAUUACCAGUGCUUCGAGAACUGUGGUUCCCUCAAACUGGCUGUGGGCAGACAUGGAGGAGACAGUGUCUGCACAGUAAAAGUGGACUAUCGAACUGAGGAUGGUACAGCUAACGCUGGCUCUGAUUAUGAGUUUGCUGAGGGGACACUGGUCUUCAAAUCAGGCGAGACCAUAAAGGAGCUGACAGUUGGUGUAAUUGAUGAUGACAUCUUCGAGGAAGACGAGCAUUUCUAUGUGCACCUCAGUAACCCACGUGUCGUUCAUCGAGCCGAGGUCUCCAUUCUCGAUCCAAACGCCCCGGGUAAUAGCCUUUUAGGCUCCGUCCCCAUCCAGCCAAAAGCUGCGCUGGGUGCUGCUCAUACUGCCACGGUGACCAUCUAUGAUGAUGACCAUGCGGGGAUCUUCACAUUCGAGGGUGCGUCAAUGCGCGUGAGUGAGAGCGUGGGCAUCAUGCAGGUGAAGGUGCACAGAACGUCUGGAGCACGCGGAAAGGUGGCAGUGCCGUUCCACACCAGUGAGGGGACCGCCAAGGCUGGAGAGGACUACGAGGAGGUGGCUGGAAAAUUGGAAUUCCUCAACGAUGAGACCAUGAAGAUGCUUGAGGUGAAAAUUAUUGAUGAUGAGGAGUACGAGAAGAACAAGACCUUCACCAUCCAGCUGGGGGAGCCUAUCCUGCUGGAGAUUGGACAGAAGCAUGGUAAGGAAAUGUUCUCUUUUGAGCAGAUCCAGAAUGAAUUAAACUACUCAAACAACAAGAACUACAACAGGGUGGCCAAGAUGGGCUGCCCAAGUCUGGGAGAGCACACCAAGCUGGAAGUGGUGAUCGAAGAGUCCUACGAAUUCAAGAACACAGUGGAUAAGCUGAUAAAGAAGACUAACCUUGCGUUAGUUGUGGGCAGCAGUAGCUGGCGAGAGCAGUUUGUCAGUGCUGUCACUGUCAGUGCAGGUGAUGAUGAUGAAGAAGAGAGUGGUGAAGAGCGCUUGCCCUCUUGCUUUGAUUACAUCAUGCACUUCCUGACCGUCUUCUGGAAGGUCCUGUUUGCCUUCGUUCCACCCACGGAGUACUGGAACGGCUGGGCUUGCUUCUUUGUGUCCAUUGUGCUCAUCGGCGUGUUGACCGCCGUCACCGGAGACCUGGCCUCCCAUUUCGGCUGCACCGUUGGCCUGAAAGACUCGGUCACGGCUGUGGUGUUUGUGGCGCUCGGUACUUCUGUACCUGACACCUUUGCCAGCAAAGUGGCCGCCAUCCAGGACCAGUACGCCGACGCCUCCAUCGGCAAUGUGACAGGCAGCAAUGCUGUGAACGUCUUCCUGGGCAUCGGCGUGGCGUGGACCAUUGCUGCUGUCUAUUGGAACAGCAAAGGCCAGCAGUUCCAUGUGCCACCUGGUUCGCUGGCCUUCUCUGUCACGCUCUUCACCAUAAUGGCACUGGGCUGCGUGCUCACACUGCUGUACCGCCGUCGGGCCUCGGUCUCUGGUGGAGAGCUCGGGGGGCCGCGGACCGCCAAGCUGCUCACCGCUCUGUUCUUCUUCACCCUGUGGCUCUUCUACAUCUUGCUAUCUUCGCUGGAGGCCUACUGCUACGUGCCUGGCUUCUGA